AUGGACCGCGGCCGGUCGGUGAACAGCCCGGAGAGCGCCAGUGCUGAGCCGGUGCCUCCGGCCACUGUCACCCGCGACACAAGCCCAGGGCGGAUUGGGAUCGGAGCGCGCUCCGGAGGCGGCCGGCCGGCCGCGGCGAACGCAGCGCGGGAGCGCAGCCGCGUGCAAACCCUGAGGCACGCCUUCCUGGAGCUCCAGCGCACGCUGCCGUCGGUACCACCUGACACAAAGCUAUCCAAGCUGGACGUGCUGCUGCUGGCCACCACUUACAUCGCGCACCUUACCCGCAGCCUGCAGGACGAUGCCGAGGCUGCGGCGGAUCCAGGUCUGGGAGCUUUGAGUGGCGAUGGCUAUCUGCACCCAGUCAAGAAAUGGCCCAUGCGAUCAAGAUUAUACAUUGGUGCUACUGGUCAGUUUCUGAAGCAUUCGGUCUCUGGAGAAAAAGCAAAUCAUAGCAACACUCCAACAGACUCACAGCCGUAG